UGUUUCCCUCCCAUGGUGAUGACUGAAGCUCCCGGUAACCAGGACGCUCCUCCAGUCUACUUCACCGACUCUGACGUGCCGCACAAGCCGCUGCUGUCUCCUCUCCUCCGGCCAGCCGUUGGACUCACCCCCCCUCCUCCGGUUGUCCAACGGUCCGACAUCAUGCUAACCUGUCGACGUAACGUAAGCAGCUGAUCGUUAACAAUCGGUUGUUUCGGUGUCUCAAGAUGGAAGAUUCGACUGAGAACCGGCGGGAUGUUUUACAGCCAUAACUUGGAAACGAAGCAAUAUAUACGGCUGUUAAAUCUUCCUGUUAGAGCUGGUAGACAUGUCAAAGCGUGGAUGAUUGUACAGGGUUUCCUUUCCACCUUUUGGGCACUUCUUGCAGUCAACAUCACUUGUGGGGGAACUAGAACCUUCAUCUAGUGACACAACAUGCCCUAUAUUUUAUGAGAUUACACAUGUGUUUGUCUUGCACCAUGCUCAGACCACAGGAGUUUUAAAAGUGUGUUGCAUCAUGCACACAAGAGGAAACGGCAGAUGUGGUCUCUAAUCUCAAACAUGUAUACACUGAGGCCGCAAGAGAUAAACAGCAUAUUGAACGCACUUCAUCAGGAAGAACAAGGCCAUCAAUCCUUCACUUCGAUGAAGCGGCAGAUAUCAUGGCUUACUGUGAGAGGUUCUUGGACAGAUGCUGCUGAUGCUCAAAUGUGAAAGCAAAGAGACACUGGCUAUGACGGAUGCAAUGACGACGCUAAAUACAAUUUUGAAUUGCGUAGUAAUGGGAAUAAAAUUGAAUUCACAUUGUCACAAUGGAUGUUGUAGAAACAACAAUAGCAUUAAUGGUUUUAACAUCUUGCAUGAGGCGCCGUUCUCCAGGUCAAACAUCCACAUCCUCUACAUGGAGAGCGAGAUAAUUAGUCAUUUAAAUAGAAGCUCAUUCGCCAGCAUCAGUCACUGAGGACGAAAUGAUGCCACCAUCGCCGGUGUGACAACAAAGAGUGAAACCGGGCCUGAUCAUGGGAGACAGAUGGAGGUCACCAUGUGCCGAAAUUUGUCCAAAUAUGCCCUAAUCUUCCUCUUCCUCGCCCUGUCUGGCCUCAUCUUCCUGCUACGCAACAUCCACACUGUGGAGAACUGGAACUGCCACACUAUUUCAGCCCUCUACCAGCUCCAGAGCAGCAUCCAGUCGUCCUUCAUCCCAGUGAAUCUCCCCACUUUUCAUCACAACCGCACCUUCUGUGCACAUCUGGGCCAGAAACCCUCGCCUGAAGAUGAACUAGAGGAGCGCUAUCUGUUGGACUCCAUCACCUGGCCUGGGCCCCCGCCUCGCCCUACACCAAUCGUCCUGCGCCAGACGAGUGACCCCGUAAACAGCCUGUUCGUCAUCCUACCCACUGAGGGAGGGAGGGAGUGGCACGUGGGCAACCAGCUGGAGGCGUCCGUCCAAAUGCACGACUUCCAGGGUCGUCCCAAGAGCUACGGCGGGGAUUUCAUUUUGGCCAGACUGCACUCCCCGGAGCUUGGAGCGGGCGUAGCAGGUAAAGUGCUGGACCACAAGAAUGGAUUCUAUUCUGCUAUGUUCCCGCUGCUCUGGGUGGGGUCUGCACAGGUGGAGAUUACGCUGGUGCACUCAAGCGAGGCUGUUGCGGUGCUGCGACGCUUGAGGGAGGAACGGCCCGAUCGAGUGUUUUUUAAGAGCCUGUUCCGCCUGGGCUUCCUGUCUGAAACUACUAUGUGCAACAUGUGCCUGCCCCACGACCAGCAGCCUCUGUGCAACUACACAGACCUUUACACAGGCGAGCCUUGGUACUGCUACAAACCUAAGAUGCUCAGCUGUGACACCAGAAUCAACCACGCCAAAGGAGGCUAUCUGAAACACAUCAUCACCAACAAAGAAGCAUUGCUCUUCCAGAGUGGUGUAAACAUUAAAGUUUGUAUACACGCGUCUGGACCCGACAGAAUCGACGUGCUGCCUCCCAGGAAAGAGGCAGAGGUCGAAAACAGCAGUAUAAAACCCGAGCCUAUUAAGCUAGCCCCGUCUGGAUAUUACUACGAGGACUCAUGGAGGCCAUUAAGUGGCGUCACAAUGCGCCAGUUCAAUGAAUCAUCUGCCAUCACUCAGUGUUUGAAGAACAAGGUGAUCAACAUGUACGGAGACUCCACCGUCAGGCAGUGGUUUGAGUACCUCAUUGCUUUAGUACCAGGAUUAAAGGAGUUCAACCUGCACAGUCCUAAAAACGUUGGGCCUUUCAUGGCGGUGGACAGCAACCAUAACAUUCUCUUGAAGUACCGCUGCCAUGGCCCGCCCAUCCGUUUCUCCACCGUCAUGGCCAGUGAGUUGCGAUACGUCUCAAACGAGCUGGACGGCCUUUCUGGGGGUCCCAACACCGUCGUGGCCCUCAGCAUUUGGGCCCAUUUCAGCACCUUUCCCGUGGAGGUGUACAUACGGCGGCUCCGUCACAUCAGGCGCUCGCUGGUGAGACUUCUGGACCGAGCGCCGGGGACCAUCGUUGUGAUCCGCUCGGGCAACCUGCAAGCCCUGGACCAAGAGGUGAGCCUGUACAACAGCGACUGGUACUCCCUGCAGCUCGACGAGGUGCUCAGGUCCAUGUUCAAGGGACUGAACGUGCUGCUGGUGGACGCCUGGCAGAUGAGUUUAGCACACCCCCUCCCUCACGCCCUCCACCCCCCUCCAGUCAUCGUCAAGAACAUGAUGGACACACUUUUGUCUUACGUUUGCCCAGAGAAGAAAAGGAGCCAACUGAUAUAGAAGAAGAGACGAGUGGAAGUUGUUGAGUUUACUGUGUGAAUCCAUCAACCAGAGUUCUCAAAAGCUACUCCCCCUUUAAUGUGGUCUUUACUGAGACAUUUGCCUGACUGACAGCCCGAUCCCACAACACUAAUGUUGUUCUGAAAGUGCCAAAGACUUUGGCAGAGUGGUUGUUACUUCCCAUCUGCUUUUGUUACCAAAGUGUUUUGUGUAUGUGUCGUUUUUUUUUUUAUUACUUAAAGUAAUAAUGUUGAAUAUUUUCAUUUAAAUAAAUGUCUGCGAAGUCAAAUGAGGUCACCCCCAUGGUGAAUGAGCCCCUUGCAUUGCAGUAUUACACACUGUGCGUCUGUGUUGGUGACAAUUAGUGGGAAAAAUGACAAGCUGCACAGUUAGACAUCUUCCAUCAGCCAGCAGCAGAGCUGUUGCGGUCGCUCUUCAACUCACUCGAGUGUGUAGCUUUUUCCAGUCUGUGUUCUUCUGCUCUGUGUUGACUGCACUUAAUUAUGAGGCUUUUUAAAAUGAAAGACAGCGUUACAUUGUUGAAUCUCAUCUGCACACAGCAUCUCUUUAACUCUGUAACGGACGAAAAGGUAAAUGGUAAUAAUGGCUGCUUUUAUAGCACUUUGAUCCAAACUUAAUACAUGUUACUUUAAAAGAUAAAACUGGAAACUCUUUUUUAUUGUCAACCAUAAUUUUGAUUUGCGAGGAAAAUCAGCUUUUAUAUCCUCAAAUGUCACUUUAAAGAUCUGCCUUUAAGUGUUUUUCUUCAGGUCUGUCCACAUUCUUUCAGGGGACUCUUUCCUUGCAGACUUCCCAUCAGCUUUGGUUAAUGUGCAGCUUCACUUCAGAUGCUGGCGGUGGAUUUGAGGAUUGUCUAAAAGCAGCUGUUUUGUAUAAAUUGCUUACUUUCUAUUGCAAAUAUUUCCUUUCCAUGUUUAAGUCUUAAAUGACAUCAUAGGAAGACAGUGAAGGUUGGAGAGUUAGCAGAUCUUGUGUGAUGUAAAGAGGAAAUUACAUUUUCUGUCUAACCCUGUUUGUCCCUGACGACGAGUCUAUUCAGAGACUAUCAUCCCUAACUCUGUUAGGACGAGCGGUUCAUGACAUAUGUUGUCAUUUGCUUUCUCAAACUAGAGGUAAUCGCAUGUGUGUUUGGUUAAAUUCAUAUGGUUAUCAAGGUAAUAUAGCUAAUUAUAAGAAAUGAUUCACAUCACCUGCCUUUUCUUUAGUUUGAGCAGAAGAAAAAGCAACACAACAAACGGAGACCUGAUGUCAUCGCUCAGUUUAAAGGAUGACAAUGUAACCAGCCUUCUGGAUCAUAUUGCACAUGAGUCAGACCCGUGUAGCAAAUCAUAUGGACAUAAUUUGUUUUCGAAAAACAUCUGCUCAGCGCGGAUGUCCACCAGCUUGCAUCCGGGAUGGAUAUUAAUGUUUUAUGUUUCCUGAUUGCAGAGAUGCAACUGGUGUUGGUCUUAAAACCAGUUUAAACAUUAAAGAAGACUUUAUUGAA